AUGUCUAGCAAAGCGAAGAACCAGCCGGAAGUCAUUUUGAUGGCGGAACGAUCGUGCAGGGAGAUUUCAUGUCCUCAUAGAAACUUGGAAAGUCGGGGGAGCCACGGCUCAUGGUUGCUUGACUGCGACUGCAGGCACGACCUUGAUUGUCGUCCCAGAGCUAUCGUUGGAGGAAAGUUGUGGACGGAAGGUUCGCUGCAGCGGGUAUGCCAGGUACCGAGGUCACUGGUGGCAGAAGAAGGUCGACUAGAGCUACAAAACGGCGAACUCCCUAAAUCCUCAAAUUCUGGAAAUCUGAAAUCCUAUCCAUAUCCGGGGUCCUCCGGGCGCAAGUUAGUCGGAUUCGUACAUCAAAACUGUAAAACAAUUCUCUAUACUCUACAAGUCGCUAAACGUAUAAUUCGAGUCGAUAGAUCUAUUAUCAUUAAGAUGUUACUAGCAUUAUCUGGGGUCGUUAACAAACAACAAAUGGAAUAG